AAGCACUGCAUUUGAUUCGGUCCGUUGCGAAGACAAACCGGGAAGUGGCGGCGCUUCUUACCAUGCACCAUCACGCGUGUUGUAUUGCCGGCUUGAGAUACCCUUUGUAGAAGUGGGAAAUAAGGCGUUGCCAUGGGCGGCCAGUUGUUGCGGAGGUUUCCAACGGUUGGGUUGCAGUCCCCGGGCGCCCAUGUGAAAGUGGGUAGUGGCACUGAGAGAGCCGGUGAUAUCAGUGGCUGGAGUCUCGCCGAAGGAUACGAAAUCGCAGGUAGUUGCACGACUUGCUAAGGUUGCAAUUGAAAGAUCCGGUUCGAGAAAUUAUCGAGCGGCGGGUUGGUGCUGACUGCUGAGGGAGGUGUCAGAAGGAGCCCUGGAGUGCCAAGGCUGGUCGGUCGGCGAAUGGAAACGCCGACGUCAACGCGAAAAGUCGCGUCCAGCAGCCUCGAGCUGCCCCAAGACAACCACCUUGCCGGAGCACGAUAUGGCCAGCGCGAAGCGGAAACGGAGCGAUGACGAUGCAGAGGAUGCGACCCCACGAAAGUUGCGCGCUCGACCUCCGCAAGACGACACGUUCGGCGAGCAGGAGGCCGAUGAGAUCCAGACGCCGUCCAGGCGAAAACGAGGGCAGCAGGCAGCAGAAAUUGGGACCCCGAGAUCCAUUCUCAAGAAGACUGGUUUGGCGAACGGCAUCAAUGGCACUACGCCAAAGUCCCACCGCAAACUCGUCUUCGAGACGCCCACGAAAUCCGUCGAGAGGGCGACGCCCAACGGCACCCCGACCAUCGUUCGAAAUGCGGAUCGCAGCGCGCGACGCAAGAGCAACAGGAGGCUGAUCGAGCGGACAAUGAACGGAGCGGAGAGCGAUGAGGAGGCAUUGGACGAAGAGGAGGAGCUGGCCGAGCGCAUCUUGAGCGACGAAGACGGAGAGCAGGAUGACACACAGGCAGCCGCUGAGGAAGACGUCCCAGCUCCAGAGACGCCAUCAAAGCGAGGAAGAGGGCGUCCGAAAGGGUCAGGCAAGAAGGGGAGACCGCCCAAGCAGCGCUCUCCGACGCCGCCGCAGGAGCUGCCCCCGCACGAAGAGUACUUUUGGCAAAACCGGCCUGGAGGCACAAAGACGUCGAACAAUACCCUCCCACCACAAAUUUUGCUCAACCACGACGAAUACUUUCAGGCUAUGCAAACAUACCAGGACCGGCAUGAGUCCGAAAUGAAGUUUUUGUUGGAAUUACACAGCCGUGCGUACGAUCAAUGGAUUUUCGAGCUUGAAGAGGGCUUCAACCUUUGCUUGUAUGGUUACGGCUCUAAGCGCCCCAUAACGGAACAGUUCACGGCACAUCUCUACCGGCAUCUGGUUAACCAGAAGCCCUACAAGGGGACAAAGAAAACACCGAAAGUUGUCGUCAUCAAUGGUUACGCGACCGGAACGACACUGAAGGAUAUCCUGACAAUAGUGGCAUCCGCAGUCGUCCCCACAAGCAUCAAGCUGCCCAAUCAACUGAACUCUCUGCUUGCUUUCAUCCUUGAAUAUCUCUCCGAGAACCCACCAUCGCAUCCAAUCCCGAUCGUCCUCAACUCCAUCGACUCGCCAUAUCUUCGCAAAUCGCCGGUGCCCGCCAUGCUCGCAACUCUUGCGGCCCAUCCUUCGGUCAAUUUAAUUUGCACCGCGGACACUCCGAAUUUCCCGCUGCUAUGGGACGUAGGCCUUAAAUCGCAGUACAAAUUUCUCUUCCACGACGCGACAACAUUCGCACCCUACGACGCUGAAAUAGAUGUCGUGGAAACCGUCAACGAACUCCUCGGCCGGAGCGGUAGGCGCAUCGGCGGCAGAGACGGGGUUGGUUUCGUCCUGCGCUCGCUGCCUGAAAACGCACGAAAACUUUUCCGCAUACUCGUCACGGACCAGCUAGCCCUGCUCUUCAUGGAUGAAGGAGGGCAGGAUGAAGAGGAUUCUGCGAGAACGCCGAGCAGCAAGUAUGCGCGGACUAAGAACACGAUUUCAGACUCUACUCAGGGUAUUGAGUACGGGAUGCUCUAUCGCAAGGCGAUGGAAGCGUUGGUCUGCACGAGUGAAAUGGGCUUUAGGACUUUGUUGAAGGAGUUCCACGACCAUCAGAUGAUCGAGAGCACCAAAGACGCAAUGGGUACGGAGCGGCUGUGGGCGCCAUUCCGACAGGAGGAGCUGGAGGGGCUGGCGGAGGAUCUAUCUGGUGACGCGCUGUGAUUGCAUACGAAUUAUACCGGCGAAUCGUACGAUUUGGCAUUUAUUCUUUUCGCGAGGCUUUUCGGCUUUUCGUGUCCCAUCCCUUACAUAUCAUCCCCCGCUUCACACGCACAUUCCAGAGUCCUCCCUGCAAGCCACGCGCUCCAUGCUAAUGAUGCUUAUUGGUCAGCGUGGUGAAGGCGGGCAAGUACAUUCCUGUGGCUUUUAGCCCGAUUAAUGCGCGCGAUGAGGGCACAGCUUACGAUCUUAUUUCCCCGCCAUGAGCGGCUAUCAUGGCUGGAGCAGGAAUGAAAUAGACUCAUAAAGCUUCUGUUGGUGCCGCCCCGGCUCUGUCGGAUUAGUACUCCUUGGGAUAACCCUCUACCGCCAGCACAGCUAGUCGGCAAAGCGUAAACUAUGCGUCUCCUUACCAUCCUCU